GUGUUUGAAAAUACUUGAUUGAAAAGAGGAUGAAUCAAACAAUUAGCUCCUCCUCGACAGAAAGUGAAGGUUGUCAAGUGCAGAAAGCCGGAAGUAACAUUGGUUGCAGUGAGAGAAGAACAAGUCAAGUUAGUGCUGUCAUCAAAAGCAGACUUUUACUCACGGGAAGUGUUGGAAAUACAUCAGCAGCUGAAUAUCACAGACGACAUUAAACUUAAAUGUAAUCACGGGAAGUGUUGGAUAAAUACAUCAGCAGCUGAACAUCACAGACGACAUCAAAAGUCUUACAAGCAUCAAAACAACGUCGAGGGAGUUCGCAGCAGUUGCAGCUCGUAUAACGGAUCUCUCCUCAGGCUCUUAUCAUGGAACAUGACACCGUGGAGGAACCAGUCUACCCCAAAUUCCUUGGUAAGGCUGGUUGGGUUAAAAAGGCUCCUUGCAGACUGCUAGCCAAAUAUAAAGAGCGCUACAUCGAAGUAGAGAGGACUGAUGUUGCAGUAUAUGAAAAUGAGGACCUCAAGAGCUGCAUUGAAAGGCUGGACCUCGAUAACUAUGAUAAAUGUCAUGAAUUAAAGAGUCCAUUUAGGAGGAAACAAAGACUCAUUCUUAUCCGAUCGCCCAAGUCUGGAAAUAAGGUUCCUGAUAUGAUAUUCCAAGCACAGACUGCAGUGGAGAAGGAAGCUUGGAUUAAAGCCCUAAGUGAGGGAAUCAGUCGUGCAAAGAACAAAGUUUUGGAUGAGGUUAAGUUGAAUGAAAGCAGUAAUUUACAGCAUUUUACCCGAGCAAGACCCCAGGGAGUUCGUAACCGCCGCCCACCAACCAGGAUCCACAUGAAAGAGCUUGCAGAGUUGUCAUCCGAAGGAAUGCUGCGCUUGGGUCUUGCCACCAUGCCGAAUAGCACAUAUGAUGAUGUAGACACCCUUGUAGAAUGCCACAAAUCCCUUGGGGAACCAAAAGAACCAGAAGUUGAGGAGAGCCGGACUCAGGUAAAGGCCCUGAUGUUGCCCAUGGUCCUGCCUGAAGACAGUGAUGUACCUGCUGAAGAAGCCACAGAGGGUUCAUACCCUGUAAGUACGUGUAAGAAAGGUCCACCCCCAACAACUCCAAAUCUCGCAAGCAACUACUCAAGUGAGCUUCCUGGAGAUUCCCAAUUUAGGCGGCAAAUCCAACCUCCAACCCCACCAACCAAAGACAAGAAGCCAUUGCAAACUUCAGAACUAAACCAAGAGGCUGCAGACAGACCAGAGGUUACGGAAAGAAUUACAGAGAACGUCUGCAAUGAUGAAGGGUUUGUUUUAGACGAAGAAACCAACUUAAUCAUAGACGACAACACAACUCCAGAGGGGGAUGAGCCUUCAUUGUGUCUUGAAAAAGGAUCGGUUCCUUGUUGGCAUGCAGAAGAGAUCCCGUGUAAUGACUUGCUGAAAGAUGAUGUCGGUCCAAUUCUUGCUCAAAUAUCACAGGUUAAAGCAAAUGCAGUGGAGGAAUGUGUUUUAAAUGUCAAGUGUGAAGCUUCUAGCACCACCUUGACAGCGAGAAAUAUCGGCUUAGGUGUGUUUGACAGCCGUGUAAGGGUUACAGCUGAUGCCAGAUCAGAGGUCUCAACACAGUUCCAAGCAGCCUCCUUUGGAGAUCUGCUGUCUGACUCAUCUGUCGGUAUUCAUGGGAGAAGUGCGGUCCUUCCCAAGCAAGCUUUCAGCAAUCAUUUGGCCAAAGUUGAAAAUGAGCUGAUGCUGGAAGUGGAAAAGACAAACAGGCUCAUGAGCAGAGUGGUCGGGGAUGAUGAUGAUGAUGAUGGUUCCACGCCGGCGGAGCUGCUAAGUAAGGCUAUGGAGAAGUUAAAGAAGGCUGAUCAAGUCCUCACAGAGGUCAAGAAACUGCAAUUUACAAAGACUUUGAACAAAAGAAAUAGCUGGUGAAUGAAAAAAACAACAAUUUUUUUGGUUAAAGGCUGGACACAAAAUGUAUGUUUUCAAGAAAUUACAUUCAAAAGCAGCAUCUUAUUCCGUUGGAAUAUGAACAAAUAAUAUCUUCAAUAUGAUUUUAAACAUUUUUGAUUGACUGGUUGAUGCAGGAUUCACGUAAACAACAAUUCCGCAUUUCCUUUGUGUUCAGACUGGGAUCCCCAAAAACCUUUCAGAAGAAAAAAAUUAUAUCACGGACAAAAAAAGUUGUUUUGCUCUACUAAAGCUGUCUAUGUUGUCUUUGAGCAUGGAUAGAGGAGUCCUGCUCGAAAGAGAACGUCUUCUAACACAACCUGAACAGUCCAGCUGCCAUUGAUUUAAUGCCCUGAUAAUAUUAUUAUAAAUAUUUUUACAUUUUU